GCAGGCAUCAGUUCAAUAACCUAAGCAUUCUGCUGUUUUCCCCCCAAUGUUUUUCUUCCCCCUUUACUCUUCAAUGGCAGAAGAAGCCCAAGUGGCUGUGUGGCAAUUUCUGCAACGGAAGGACGAAGAAGAGCCGGGUGAUGGUUAUGUGCUCCUGAGAUCUGUCUACUUACUUUCCCUUGAUCACAUGGAACGAGGAACCCGGUGGAAUAUAAUCAAAUCUGGGCUCCCGGUCGCCCUGUUCCAGUGUCUAUAUUUCUUCUUUACCUUUCCCCUGGAGGAAGCUGGUGGAAACACUGGGAUGAGUCAAUCCGAACAUCAGGCACAGGAAAUGUUUGUGCAGACAAUGCUCAACAUUUAUGCAGAAGACCAAGGGGUGGAGGAGCUUCUCAUGGCUACUGACCUUCAGUCUCUAAUCAUAGCAGCAGCCUCCUUUUGGGACCGAGGUAGCCCUUCCUGGAAAAGCCCCACAAGCCAAGUGCUCCGAACAAUUUCAAAGGCCCAGUCCAGAAACACAAUUUCAUACUUGCAAGCUAUGGAUUGCAUCAAAAUUUCCGUUCAGAAUUUGUCCAGGCUUGCUGACUCCCUGUCUCCUUGUGAUGUAUGCGAAGCAGUCAACAUCAUCCUGUGCUUUGUGAGGGAUUCGUACCUGAUCUCUCCUGCCUUGCUUUUGGAGUUUGAGAACAACGGGGGCUAUCAGCUCCUGCUGAAAGUGUUUCUCAGAUAUGAAGGGCUGCUGAGCAGCAAAGAAGACGCCAGUGUUAAAGAAAUGCUGGAUUUCCUGGCACAACUGACGGUUUGCGGGAAAACAGAACUGAAGGUUUCAGGCAAUAUUACACCUCCCCAGCUGCCGCAAUUCAGUGCUAAACAGCCCCCUUCUCCAGGAAAUACGGUGAAAAACCUGAAAGCCUUCCAGGUGCUAGAAUCCCUUUUUCGGAAAUCGAGCAACGCAGAGCUCUGCCAGCACAUCUUACUGGUCCUGAAAGAUAUCUGGACCUGGAACCCCAUGAACUUUUUCCUCCUGGAGUGGUCUCUGCAGCCCAUUUCCCAGUUUGUGGGCAUCAUCCCUCUCAAGCCCAUGUUGGUCCAGAGACAGUUCUUCCAGUUGGUGGAGUCCUUGGUGCUGGAUCUGUCAUACAUCCCCCAUGAGAUCCUGAAGGAUGUUCAGGGCUUGAUCAAGGAGAGUCCUGAUCCGCUGUGCACUUCACUUGCUCUGCGCUGCCUCCACAGCAUCACACAGAGGGACCUGCUCUUCACAGAUAUCUUCAGAGACUUGGGGCUUUUGGGAAUGCUACUUGCGCAACUACGCAAAGAGGCGAAGAUACUGAGAAAGAAAGGUGGAAACCAAGCAGCCUAUCAGGAUCAGGCGAUGGAAAGAGAGCUCACCAAUAGGACACUGAAGCUGGUGGCUGCUCUUACAGAAGGAUCUGUUAGGAACACAGUGGUUCUCAGAGACUACGGGAUGGUGCCAUAUAUCAAGAUUUUUAUAGACGAUGAAUUGUACCGAAAUGAUACCCUGACUAUCUUGGAGCAUCUGUCAGUUAUCAACCCUGAGGAGUACAUGAGCAUCAUCGUUGGGGCCUUGUGCUCUUCUACCCAAGGGGAACUAAACUUCAAGCUGGAUCUACUUAAGUCUCUCCUGAGGACACUGGAUAAUCCCAAGGGUCGUUCAGCCUUCAGAACCAGCAGUGGUUUUAAUGGGCUGCUCUCUCUGCUGGCUGACAUGGAAGGCGCGUUGCAGGAUCCGCUCUCAAGCUUGUGGGCCCCGUUUGGUCCUAGCCACAUAAUGGAGCUCGUAUUGCAUAUACUCCAAGCAAUAGCGGCUGCUAUAUAUUCGGACACUGUCAACGGUGAUUUUUUCCAAAAGAACAGGCUCUUUGACAAGAUGGCGGAGGACCUUGGCUUGCUAGGCUGCUUCUCAGGACAGAGGUGGGGACAGAUUCCAGUACAGCUCCACGCAACACGGUCGUUUGCUGAAUUUUCAAAUGCAGCUGUUUCCUCACCCGAGUCCUUUCCUACCUGGCUUAAAAGCUGCAUAAUUAUACUCAGUUUCCUUGACAACAUGGCCAAGAGGAACCCCUUCGAACUCAAGAGCUACUUGGUGGACAUGAAACUAGGCGUAGAUCAAGUCCCUCAAGAUGUAAAAGAAAAUAAACCAGAAGAAACUGAAGACAGCUUUGAGCAUUCAGGUGAAAAUAGAGCAACUGUAGACCUACAGCCAGAAUUCAAAGACAGGUUAGAUGCUGAGGACUGGGCAAUUGUGUGUCCUGGGGCUCUUUGUGUCAUGGUGAAACUGAUUUGCAAGCUCUACAAUGAGGCUCACCCAGAACUAUCAUGGGAAAUCCAAUACGCUGUGGCCAAUCACAUCCAGUCCUUGAUGAAGAUGGAGAAGAAUCGCCAGCUGGCCUGUGGAGCUGGCCUGCUGAACGCUCUUGUUACCUCCUGCUUAGAGGUGCUGCACAAUCACAACAACCCCUUGCACCUGCCUCUAAUCAGACUCUUUGAGAAACUUGCGUCCCAGUCAAUUGAGCCCAAUGUCUUAAGACAGUUCCUUUGCCUCAGGACAACAUGGCUGCCUGUAGCAUCAAGGCCUGGUGUGAGUCCAUCCUCAACUUCUCUCUGUGACAGAAGUGGCUCAUGUCAUGCAUCUGGGAAUGAAGGUUCUGUAGUCACUAUAGCGAACAGUUCUGCAGAUCUUCAUCGGGCUUCCCUGGGCUCAGACGCAUCCUGGGUAUCCAACAGCUCUGCCGUAGCUCUCCAGGCAGCCAUGAGCCUGGUCUCCAUGACGACGCCACGCAGCCUGGAUUCCCAUCAUGCCUGCCUGGCACCUUCAUUUGUGGAAUUUGACAUGUCCCUGGAAGGAUACGGUUGUCUGUUUCUUCCAGCAUUGUCUACUGUUCUGGGCCCCAACGCUGAAUCCUCCAUCUUGGGAGGAACUGGGAAAGGCCCCAGGCCGUUCCCCCCAUUGGAUGGCCUGACUUUCUCCUCCUGGUUCCUGGUCAGCAAGAUGGGCUCUGUUCACAGCGGCCACCCUCUCCGGUUCCUCACGCUGGUGCGUCACAUGGCAAGGACAGAAGAAGAAUUCGUCUGCUUUGCUGUGAGCUUUUCUCCCAUGGAUGGUUGCCUGACCAUCUCCACUGAGGAAGUGGCAUUCCAGACCCUAGACAUGAUGGAACCUGAAUUUGGAGACCUUGGGCGGUCCUCUGCCUUAUCUCAAGUCCAGUUCAGGUGUGCCCAGCUGCUAGUGACCAGGCAGUGGCAUCAUCUGGCGGUAACUGUGGCUAAAGAAACGAAACAGACCUGCACCAUUUCAGCCUAUGUCAACGGACAGAGAGUUGGCUCUGCAAAGAUGCAAUACAUCCAGCCUCUCCCAGGCAACUUUGUCUCCAUGGACCCAUCUUCCUUUAUCGACGUCUACGGUUAUGUGGCUACCCCACGGAUUUGGAAACAGAAGAGCUCCUUGACUUGGUGCCAGGGCCCGAUGUAUUUGUUUGAAGAAGCUCUCUCUGUGGGAACUCUGCAGCUUAUUGCCAACCUUGGUCCGAGAUACUAUAGCAACUUCCAAGCGGUGGGGUUUAAAGGCGCAAGCUCUUGUAGCAGUGUACUGACUUCAGCCUUGGUAGCACAGGAGAAGAUUUCAUUUGGAAUCAACACCAUGAACUCAUCUUAUACCACAAUCAAAAAUAUAAAAGACUUCUAUGGCGAGGUGGACGGUCGCCUGAUUGCUAAAGAGCUGGAGCUCUCUUCUCGUGACAGCACAACGCCAGUUUUCAUGUCUCGAAAUACUGCAGGGAAACUUGCAGGCCCCUUAAGAACUAUCGGAUCAGUUGCUGUAGGCCUGUACGGGACCCGGGUUUUCCAGUCCUCCCCAGCAGCGGUCAGUCUCAACUACGUAGGAGGGCCUGCGAUUAUGCUGGGUCUCCUUGCCAUGGCCCACGAUGACCACACUGUGUAUGCUGCUGUCAAAGUCUUGCACACUGUUCUCUGCAGCAGUGCAAUGAGCGAAAAUCUAAUGAGACAGAUUGGUGGGUACCAGCUCCUGGCAUACCUGUUGAAAAGAAAGAUCCAUUUGUUAAACAGCAGAAUUCUGCAACUCGUCUUCGCCAUUGCGGGCAUUGCUGAGAUCAGCCAGGAUGCCCCCACUAUCAAGAACCUGGAGGCAUUCCAGCAUAUUGUCUGCUGCUUUGAGCUUUGGUGCCAUGCCCCUGAAAAUAUGGAGAUUUCUCUCUUUGAACACCUAACAGAAAUCUUACAAACUUCAAGAAAAGGAAGCUGGGAUGUGCAACUUGCUCAUCGGGUGCAGAUGGUACCCAGACUUUUUAUUCUCUUCAGUGACCCUGAGAUUACACGCUCUCGCAUCGGCAGGAUCUGUACCGUACUGUCGCAUUUGCUGCGCUACCAUUUCAGCAUCAAAGAUAUUGAUUGGGUUGGCUUGUUCUUGGUCUACACUUUAUACCCUUCCUCUGUGGAUGAAAGCCAUACCUGCCCGGACUAUGAAGAUGGCUUAGGCCAAACAUCUGGAAAAAUGAUUUGGCUACGAAACCAGCUGCUGAGAAUGCUGCUAGAUGUGAUGCGUUCCGAUCAACUUUAUUUUUCCUCUGAGAUCCAAGAAGAGGUGUUCCAGACUCUGGGGCCCGACUGGUUCAUGAUGUUCACACAAAGCCACGUACACCCAAGCACAGUUGUGCUGGCUGUGAAGUUUCUACUCCAUUUUCUCCACAAUCACACACUCCUGCAUAAAUUUAAAGAGGGGAUGAUGGCUGGCCUCUGGCUUGAGAACAGCUCGGUGGGGCUGAAUAUUUUGAUGGAUAAUUUAAAGAGUUGCCCCCAUACCUCUGAGUGCAACCCAUACCUGCUGCCUGGAUUUGCAGAGCUCAAAAUAUUCCUGAGCAAGUUUGUUCAUGUCCCUGAGAUCUACUUCCUUCUGUCGGGACUAUUUUUGGCUACCCCAGUGUUUGAGCCACCAGAGGAAACCAAGGCAGAUUUGGACUCGAUGUUGCAAUGGCUGCUGUACAACCACUGUAAGGAUGCUGUAGCCAGAGUUGGGUUGUGCGUGGAGGGAGCGGUUCUGCUGCUCGAGAUGGUGAAGUCCAUAGUGAAACAGACUCCAGCAGGUACAGAGGAUUCAUGGGAGAUCACUUACCCAGGGCACAUCAUGCAGUUCAUCUACCUCGUAUAUCACAAAUACUCCGAGGAUCCUCUUUGGUACAACUCUGACUUCCUCCAAGCCUUAGCCCUGGUCAUCUUUCCUUCUGCAGUAUCUCAGGGCAGUAUUUCACCUUCCAACAGCCUGGCGACUGACUCUGACAGUAAGAAAAACAAUGCCAUUUCCGCUUCCCUGCACCCUGCUAGGAAACAAGUGUGGGACUUCAUCCGCCUCCUCCUGAUGGAAAAAAUGCUCGUUUUCUCCGCCGAGAGACAGUGGCACCCCAUGGAGUUACUUCUUGAGGCUUCUGAGGAGAACGCCACCCCUGAGCAGAAGAAGUGCUUCCAGACAGAGCUAUUACUUUCCAUCAUAGAUAUCUUCUACAUAAUUGGCCAAGAGGAUGGGGAGGCACAAGGGAACGGUGGUGCCAAAAAUGCUUCGGAGCCGGCCAUGCCUUCACUUCUCGUGAAUAUUUCCUAUUUUAUCCAGAAGCUGGUAGAGAAGCUUUACGCAGGAAUGUUUGCCGCUGACCCUAGAAAAGUUAUUCUUUUCCUUGCAGAGCAAGUGAUUGUGGUCACAGAAAAGGGUUUUCUCCACAAGGAAGGCGUCCUAAGCAUUCUGUACAGCAACUUGAACCGAGCCAUUCUAUACUACCUGUCUACCUCCCUUCCUGAUCAGCAGAGACUGCUCAGUGUUCUUCAGACUCUGCAGCAGCAGUGGGACGUCAUCUUUGCAACGCACAACUCUAGCCUGGACUUCACCACCUGCCUUCUGUAUUGCCUGUUGCAAUUCAGGCCCAUGAGCGAUCCAGAAAACCAUGAAGCAAAGCAGAGAGCAAUGUCUGAUUCCCGUGUUUUCUUGGACCCAGGCAAAGAAGAGGGGAGGAUGGAUGAUAACUCUGCUUUAAAGAAUGUUCAGCAGGACAUCUGGAAGACAAGCGAAGCCAUCUGGAUCCAACUUCUCUCUCAAAGGAGAAAGGAUUUGGAAGAUGCCUACAAGAUGUCUCUCUCUAUAGAGACAGCAGACAGCACUGAGAAAGUGAAGAUGACCGACACGAGUCCUUUCUGGGAAGAAAUAAUGAGAAAGGCUUGGAAGCAUUUCCUAGCGUCAGAAAAGAAAAUUCCCCAGAGCAAGAUUCCAGCUCAGCCUUCAGACAAGCCGCGUUCUUGGAGUGGAAGCUGGUCUCCAGCGGUGAAACUGAUCCCCAGCCGGAACCUGAAGCAGACAGGAUACAAAACGCAGGACUUUGUAUCGCGUCUGGAAGAAUACCGGAGAAAUGGUCAAGAACUGUAUGCGCUUUUGUGCAAGGACCAUGCUGAGAGGUUAAUGUGUGGGUACAACAAAUCUGCAAAAGCCUGGGCAGACCUUGAGGAGCAGCUGGUUCGGAGAGGAGGCCCAUGGGCGUCUGUCUUAGCCCCUUCUACUUCAAGGUGGAUCCUGGAUGGAUACGAAGGCCCUUCCCGGAUGAGGAAGAGGGUUUGGCUCAGAGUCACCUAUCAUACAGCUGUGUCAACAAGGAACAAGGUGACAUGCUGUGGGGGCAACAAGUGGGAAUUAUCUUCCAUCAGUAAUGGCCUUGUAAGACUAAUCAUGAGGGAAGCACCAUUUAUUAUUUACUGUAAACAUUCUGCCAUUGAUGCUUUCUUUCCUACUGAUACAGGAGAGCAAAAGCUAAAUGGAAGAGAAGGAGAGAUGGAUUGUGGGCAGUUGACAUUCUUCCCUGCCCUGCAUGAAAGUUUCCAGUCGGAAGAAUUUUUGGAAAUGUGCGCAGAGCGGAAAAUCAUCCUGCAAGAGUUUGUACAGGAUGAAAAGAUUACAUGCAGGCAAUCGGUGGUGGUCGUUCAGGGACACAUUGUGUUGGAAGGAGCUCUUCUCUUUGGCCAAGAACAUUUCUACAUCUGCAAGAAUUUCACUGUGUCCCCGCUGGGGGAAGUUUACUGCACAAAGCACUGCAUAACCAGCAUUGAUGAUACAUUCAUUCAUAGCUUGUGCGACAAAGACCCGGCCACAGGACAGGCUACAUGUUCCUGCCAUUCCUACAGUGACAUUAAAGAGAUCCAUCCGAUGUGCUUUCUUCUACAGGAGAUUGCCUUGGAAAUCUUCUUCAGAAGUGGCUACUCCAUAUUCCUUGUAUUCCACAACAGUGACAGGACGAAAACCCUGAAAAGAUUUUAUUCGAAGAAGCCUAAUCUGAAAUCGAAAGGCAUCACGGAAGCGUCAAUUAAUAUAAGGAGAAGCGCUGGAAGGGAGAAGACGAUGCUCUUGAAGUGGCAGAGGAGAGAGAUCAGCAACUUUGACUACCUCAUGUACCUGAACACUCUGGCCGGGCGCACCUACAGCGACCUCAUGCAGUACCCAGUGUUUCCGUGGGUGCUUGCUGACUAUCACUCCCAGACUCUGGACCUUACCGAUCCCAGCGCCUUUCGCGACUUCGCCAAGCCCAUGGGGGCGCAAACCAGAGAGAGGAAAAGGAAAUUUCUCCAGCGUUACGAAGAAGUAGAGAAGAGUGAAGGUAACCUCUCAGCCCAGUGCCAUUACUGCACCCACUACUCUUCGGCAAUCAUUGUGGCCUCCUACCUGGUUCGCAUGGAGCCAUUCAACCAGAUCUUCUGCUCAUUGCAGGGAGGCAGUUUUGAUGUUGCCGAGAGAAUGUUCCAUAGCAUGAAGAGCACCUGGGAGUCGGCCUCAAGAGAUAACAUGACGGACGUGAGGGAGCUCAUCCCUGAGUUUUUUUACCUCCCCGAAUUCUUAACAAACUGCAACCAGUUUGCACUCGGAAACUUGCAAGAUGGGACCUCGCUGGGUGACGUGCUGUUGCCACCCUGGGCAGAAGGAAGCCCUUAUAAGUUUAUCAACUUGCACAGACAGGCACUGGAGAGCGAUUACGUCAGCAACCAUAUCCACCACUGGAUUGACCUGAUCUUUGGCUACAAGCAACGUGGCCCAGCUGCAGCGAAGGCUACGAACGUCUUCCACCCCUAUUUCUAUGGGGAUCAGGUGCACCCGGACAGCAUCAGCGACCCACUCAUCAAAAACACCGUCUUGGGGUUUGUCAGCAACUUCGGACAGAUCCCGAAGCAGCUUUUCAGCAAACCACACCCAGCCAGAAAUACCUUGGGGAAGCAUUCAAUGAGCAGAGAAAGCAUACUCUUCUCUCAAACCGCUAGUCAGUUGCCUCCAACACUCAACAACCUGCGUAAUCUGAAGCCUUCGUCGGUUGCUGUCAAAGAGGCACCUCAAGGACCUGUGGGUCACAUUGUAUGUACUGAAAAGGGAACUUUCGCCGUGGGGAAAAACAAAAUUUUGAUCCCCCCACAGUGGAAUAAAGUGUUUUGCUGGGGUUUUGAUGACUUCACCUGCUGCCUAGCUGCUUCCGGGUCAGACAAGAAGGUGAGCACAUUUGAAAUCACAGCUGAUUGGGGGGUUUGCCUCUGUGCUGUGUGCCCCACACCAACGACACUCAUCACCGCUGGAAGCAGCUCUGCGUUGUGCGUCUGGGAGCUGUCCGUGGCUAGAGAUGGAGACGCUUGCUUAAACCUGAAGCAGCCUUUGUACGGGCACACGCAGCCUGUGACCUGCUUGGCUGCCUCCACCUCCUACAGCAUCAUCGUGAGCGGAUCCGCCGACAGAUCCUGUAUCAUCUGGGACCUGAACCAGCUGACACCCAUCGCCCAGCUUCCGGGCCACGAGGCCUGCCUCUCGGCUGUUGCCAUCAAUGAUUCAACGGGUGACAUUGCCUCUUGUGCUGGGACGGCCCUCUACUUAUGGAAUGUCAAUGGACAGCCUCUGGCUACAGCAACCUUCAGCCCUGGAGCCACCAUUUUGUGCUGCUGCUUCAUGGAAGUGAUUGACUGGGACAUGCAGAGCCUCAUAGUCACGGGAGACACAAGUGGGGCUGUAAAGGUCUGGAAAGUUGAAAAUAAUUCACACCCAUGCCAGGACAGUAGUAUGAGAUCACAAAAUAACUCUUCUGAAUGCCAAGGAAAAACGGGCAACAAGGUGGAGAAACCAUUCACCCUCUGCCUGGAGAUGAAUCUCAGCACGACUCCGUCGGAGAGAACGAGCAAAACCAUUCCAGCUGUCACAGCUCUGGCGGUUUCCAGGAAUUAUUCCAAGAUCCUGGCCGGCGAUGACACAGGAAAGCUCUUCUGCUGGUCAGUAGAUGAGUAGGAAGAACCAUCGUCUGGUCCUCAAUGGCCUCACCUGGACGUGAGAUGUGCAGAGAAUGAUGAACCACAAUACCAGGCAGAGACAGGUGUAGGUCUUGGGUAUAAUCUCUGCCAUAGUCUAAGCCUAGUAUUAAAUAAUGUGAUAUGAA